CCCGCGGCGGGCGGCGCGAGCUCGGGCGCGGAGCGCGGCGGGAGCGGGUCUGCAGUGCGGAGUCUGCGGUAGAAAAAAGACAUCUUCUGCUGAAUGCUUCGCAUGAAACCAGUUAUUUUACUUUUAGAAGCAAAUUACCUAGUGGCAUCAGAAACACCAUAAACAUCAGAACAAGAGCCAAAAUAGGUGAAGAGUACUUAUUUUCUGCAUUAAUUAGAUUAUAAAAGUAUCCAUGGAGUACUCUGAAAACUCAGUGGAUUCAAAAUCCAUUAAAAAUUCAGAAAUGAAGAUCUUCCAUGGAAGCAAAUCAAUGGACUCUGGGAUAUCCUUGGACAAUAGUUACAAAAUGGAUUAUCCUGAAAUGGGUUUAUGUGUAAUAAUUAAUAAUAAGAACUUUCUUGGGAGUACUGGAAUGGCAUGUCGGUCUGGUACAGAUGAAGAUGCAGCAAAGCUCAGGGAAACAUUCCUGAACUUGAAAUAUGAAGUCCAGAAUAAAAAUGAUCUUACAUGUAAAGAAAUUAAAGAAUUGAUGUACGAUGUUUCUAAAGAAGAUCACAGCAAGAGGAGCAGUUUUGUUUGUGUGCUUCUGAGCCAUGGUGACGAAGGAAUAAUCUAUGGAACAGAUGGCCCUAUUGACCUGAAAAUACUGACAGGUUAUUUCAAAGGGGAAAACUGUAGAAGUCUAACCGGAAAACCCAAGCUUUUCAUUAUUCAGGCUUGCCGAGGUACAGAUCUGGACUCUGGUAUUGAGACUGACAGUGGUACUGAUGAUGACAUGGCAUGUCACAAAAUACCAGUUGAAGCAGACUUCUUGUAUGCAUACUCUACAGCGCCUGGUUACUACUCCUGGCGAAAUUCAAAGGAUGGGUCCUGGUUCAUCCAGUCACUUUGUGCAAUGCUGAAACUGUACGCUCACAAACUUGAACUCAUGCACAUUCUUACUCGGGUUAACCAAAAGGUAGCGAGAGAAUAUGAGUCCUUUUCCUUGAACUCCACUUUUCAUGCAAAGAAGCAGAUUCCAUGUAUUGUGUCCAUGCUCACAAAAGAACUGUAUUUUUAUCAUUAAAGAAAUGGAUUUUUUUUUAAUUUGUUUGCCAAGUAAGGAAAUGGUAUAACUGAUAACUAUUUUCUUUCCACUCUUAUUUUAAAUCUUAUCUAAUAUUCUCAAUGGUCCUUUGAAACAUGCCACUUUCACAGCAAUAGAACUACUCUGAAGCUACCUCAAACUUAAAAUCAGGUAGUUGAAAAUGACUUUAAUUAGGAAUAAAGAAAAAUGAAUAAUGGUACAAUCAUUAUGAGAAGAAAUGAUUAUAAAUUAAUAUUUCUCAUAAUUAGCACGUUUUAGUGAUGUUACGCUGUGAAUGUUCAAUAAUUAUGAAGAAGCUAAACAUAGAUUUCAAUGAUACAGAUAGGGGAUUUAAGAGUAUUCAAUUUUGGUUUUGUCAAACUCUAGACAUGAAUCCGGGAAAUCGGGGACCCGCGGGCAUAGAUAAAAGCUUGAAGACCUUGAUUUUCAUUUUGGUAUCGAGAUAAAUUAACUGUUAACCUGAGUCGUGGUAUUGUGCUAUUUGUCCUGAGUAUGUCUUUGUUGUAAAAAAAAAAAAAAAACAACAACAGUAAACAAACAUGUUUGAUAUUGAAAACCAAACUACUUACUUGAGAAACCAUGUGAGCCAUGCAACCUUAUAGGCUAAGUGCCACCUUUAUAGAGGGCCAGGGUUGCAACAAUGAGGUACUGAAAUGCAGCUGAUCCUCCAGCACAGGCCCUCUGGCAUUGGUCCCUGAGCCAGACUGUUGAGCAUCACAUACCAGCAAAACAUCUGAAGAUGCAGUUAGGUGAAAACCUCAAACUACUGGGCAAACAGAGCAAGAUGAACUGAAGAAACUCUUUAGGAACAUACUAAAAUUCAACUUUCAUAAUAAACAGUGAGGUGUAAGGAAGAAACAAUGAAUCAACCAGCUGAGCACUUCUGCACAGAGACUGUGCACUGCCUAGGUGAUGAAGGCAAAGCCAUAGGCCAAGGCCUCAGAAUAAAGGAUGGCCAGCCAGCUUUCUGCAUGGGUACUGGUGCACACACAGGCUGCCCUCAAGGCAGGAAUCAUGAAGAGAGUGAACCAAAUCAGAAAUUCCAGAAAUGGCGUCAUCUCUGAAGAUGGUGAGAGUCACAGUAGAAACCAUAGUACUCUUUGUAGUAAAAAUUUUGAGCUUGUUAUUUUCUCUUCAACUUUCCAAUCAAAGGGAAAUGAUCAUGUUAUAGAGUGCCAUGUAAGGAGGAGUGUGGCACACAGGACUUCAGAAAUCACCCAUCUUCACCUGCUCCAGUGCACAGAGAAGCACCAGGCAAGAGGGAGGCAGCUGGCCCCCAGCCAGGGAGGCCUGGCUACAAGGUUCUCACUGGGAGGGGCUGCGCCAUCACUGCUCUAGGGCUGAGGUCUCUUAGGAUUCUUUUGUCAAAGGUGGAAAUUCAUAAAUGACAACUAUUUGUUUUGACUAAGCCUAUAACUUUUUCUAAGUAAUUGAAGCAUGUAAUAGUAUCUUAAGGCCUGUUCCUGUGUGACCAUUUUUAAAAAUUUGUUAAGAGUUUUUGAUUUCUAGAUAUUAAAUAUAAAAUUACCAACAUGUUCAAGUUUCUUUUGUUGC